CUCCUUUACUUAUGAAUCAUUUGCCAUCACUGCCUCCAAGACUGGAUACUGUGGACAUGCAGUCUCCCAGAAUACCAGGUCGAAAAAGAGGAAGACCCCCGCUCCAUUCGACGCCUAUGAAAAUGGCUGUUCAUAACCUCUAUUCUGCACCAGCUGGUUCUCUGCCUGUUGUGAAGAUUCCAAAGAAGCGAGGGAGGAAACCUGGAUACAAGGUAUGCCAUCCUACCGGCUCAUUUAGUAGCUAUGAUGUUUGUCUUUUUGUCUUGUAGCUAGUCUGUGGCCUUCUGGAUAUUGCUGGUCUCCAUCUUCCACCAGCCUACAGCCAGCUUGACCCACUGGCAGGGAUGCUAGGAGCUGCAGUUCAUCAAAAUCCUGAAGGCCACAUGUUAGCCUCUCCUUGAUAUUUGGAAUAUAUCCAUGUGGCAUGAACACAUGUGCCAAUGUGAGAAGGCGGAAGGAGAUUCAUGCUCCUUCUUCUUGCUGCUGCUGUGUGGUUAAGAAGCAGGAAGGGCAGUAGCGCAGAAUCCUUAGCAGCCUGUUCAGGCUAACACCCUCGUUGGCUCAUGCCAGUACAGACAUUCAGAAGAUUCUAUGGACAUGCAGUGUAGCAAACUAGUCUUCCACCACCACUGGUUCUUCCUUGGUUGCUUGCUGUUCAGGCACGGUACCAAGAAUUUCAGGUGGUGUUUCCUUUUCCUUUUCGCUACAGCAAUUCUGACUGCUGAAGAGCCAAACCACUGCUUUAAACCAAACAGGAGAGCACAUGUCCAGCAAUGGGAAAUGGCUAUUGUGAAAUUUUUUCAAAGAAAGCUCUGUUUGCUGAGAUAUGAUUCUGGUUUAAGACAAUAAUUUCGUGGUCAAAGUGUUCAGGAGAGGGAAUUAUCAAAACACACAAAAGUUAAAACUAUCCUCCAUAUUUAGGUAAUUUAUAUACAACCAUACUUCUGUAAGGUAAAAUAAUUAAUGAUAAGCAAAAUAUUACCCUCUGUAAGUGGCUUCACUAUUCACAUUGGGUUGUUGUUGUUGUUUUUAAAAAAAACUAAAAACAACUACUGGGCUCUAUAAUAAGUUAAUGAAUUCUCCUGCAUUUGACCAUUUUCAUAAUAUCCCACAGUUUCCCAAGCCAUUCUUAUUUCACAGGCAUGUCCUUACAUAUCCAACAAGCAUAAACCACUCUAGCAACUGAUAGACCAUGAAAUAUUACUUCAGGGUUCUUUCUGGUGUACAAAAUCUGCUGUGAACUUAAGAAGGCAAACAAGAUAUUGCUUGGAAUAAAUGAGUUCAGUGGUUGGUUUCAGAUUCCUAUUUUAAUGCACUUUUAUUGAAGCUGAUUGGUUGUUUCAAAAAUGUUGUGAGCCACUGGAAACACCCAACAGAAUGGAAAGAUGGAAGAGAAGCUGUAAAUAAGCAUUUGGGUUUUGGUUUUUUUAAAAUCUGCAUUUGCUAAAUUGAUAAGUUUAUGCAGGUCACAGAAUCCAGCCUGAUGCAGAUAUUUGAUUUUUAGUGUAGACUAUAGACUGCUUUGAAAGCAGCUGACAAGCUAGGUUACAUCCAAAGGUCACCUUUCUCAGCCAGAAGCAGCUUCCUCUGACAGAAGGGAGACCUUCAUUCAGUGAAAGGAAUCCAUUUAUCAAAGGAGGGCUCCUUCUGAGAGAGAAAGGGAACUUUUGCAUCCAACUCAUGUGUCCUGUAUAAGCUGCUGUCCAUCGCAUUAUGGGGCACAAGAAAUUCAAACUACUAUUAAAUGCUUUCCAAGUAAGGAUAGAGAAGAAAUUCAAUUCAGUGCCAUUUAAAGGCAAACCUUCCUUAUUUGCACUUUCUGAAACAAUACAAUACAGUGGUACCUCGGGUUACAUACACUUCAGGUUACAUACGCUUCAGGUUACAGACUCCGCUAACCCAGAAAUAUUACCUUGGGUUAAGAACUUUGCUUCAGGAUGAGAACAGAAAUCAUGCUCCGACGGCGUGGCGGCAGUGGGAGGCCCAUUAGCUAAAGUGGUGCUUCAGGUUAAGAACAGUUUCAGGUUAAGAACAGACCUCUGGAACAAAUUAAGUACUUAACCUGAGGUACCACUGUAAUGAAAACACAACUAUCUUUCAUAAUUCACACUUUUCCAUAUUUUGAAAUGCAGUUUUCCAACCAAGUACUGUACAGUCAUACCUUAAGUUGCGUUCAGUUCAUGUUGCGUCUAUUCGGCCUGCGAACGUGGCGAACCUGGAAGUGUAUAAUUCCGGGUUACACCGCACGCACGCAUAAGUGUUCUGCACGCUUUGCACAUGUGCAGAAGUGCUCUAUCGCGCUCCGCACUUGCGCAGAAGCGCUGCUCUAGUUGCGGACUUUUCGGGUUGCGAACGGCACCCUGGAGCGGAUCGUGUCCGCGACUAGAGGUACCACUGUAAUGCAUACAAAUGUUCAUCUACUAGGGUAAAAUGUGCAUCAAAAUACACAUAUUAUUGGCAAAAGCGUACAAAAUGCACCAUAAAAGGGAAAUGACUGGAAAAGUGUGAUUAUUGCAUAAUACAAAAAUAUGUGCAUUAGGAAAAAUUCACACCAAAAUUCUGAUGAGGUUUUUUUAAAAAUUGCAAGCUGAUGUGGAAAUGUGAUGAAUUGAAUGGGAAAAUGGAAAAACGAGAAACCAAAAUUUACAGCUUUGCCUAUCGCCACUUCCAAAUAGUACUUGGUUUUCUGUGCUCCUAUAACAAUAGGAUUUGGGCCAAAUCUUUGCAAGGUCAAAUUUCACCUCCUCCAGCAAAAGGAAAGUUUGAGGUGUUUUACAUAAUUGUUUUAGUGAAACCUGACAAAGAUGCAUGCGCUUUUCUUCAUGUGUGAAGACUUUUAUUUGCUACCAAAUAUAGAAGUGAGGCAAAAAACACCAGAAAAAGGGAGGCAGUAAAUUGAAGAUCAUUCAUUAUUUAUGGGGACUGGUUUAAUGCAAUCAUUUCUGUCAUCUAACCUGUAAGAAUAGCAAGUUCGGGGGUGAUGCUGUUUCUUGAUGAAUGGAGACCAAAAGUAAGACAUUCUCUAGUAAACAAUGGCUCCAGGUUCUGAGGCUGACAACAGCAAUCUGUAAUGCUCAACACAUCUGACUUUGUGUUUUUCAUUAGCAUUGGAAGAUUUGUACACCGAAGCAACAUUUCAGCAAGAAGCCUUUCUGUUGGAUAUGGUCCCCACUGCUAAAGCAUGCAGCUCUCAAUCACAAUGCACUUGCUGCUAGAGUCAGAGAAUACAUUUGUGACGGGUAGAUCUCUUGAUUUAAUUAGCUCCCAAAUAGCAUGGGUUCCUGCUUCCAUGAGACUUUUAUGUGCAUUUUUAAAAGCUCUUGCAUGCUCAAAUGGCAGGCGACCAACUUCUUUAUGGCAGCUGGAUGUUGGAUUAUUACAGAACAGAUGGAUCAAUUUGUGUCUGUACGUUACAAAAAAAUGAAUUUACAAUCUGGGUUAAAUUUUAUUUUGAUGGAAGUUUGCAAUAAAUCCAUAGAUGCCAACAAAGGCAUUUUUAUUGUCCCCUGUAUAGAUCUGACUUUUCCAGUUACCAUUAAACCUUCAUGACUGGAAUAAUUAGCACAUUAUAGAUAGAUAAAGACAGACAUGAAGUUUUAGUUCCCCCUCCCCAUUUUUUCUUAUAGUGAUCUCUCACUGAUGCCUGUGGGUUACUCUAGUUAGUUGUGUGCAUCUAGACAACCUAGAGUGCAGCCUAAAAGCCUAUUGCUUGGUGGAAGAUGAAUAGGCAAGAUGUUGCAUUGAAACAAUUGAUCUACACAGACUUCAGAGCCUAUAGAGGCUAUUGAUGUGCACUCAUGGAAUGGAGCCAUGGCCCCAACUCAGCAUUUCAGUUCCAUUGUGGCACCCCUCUGUUACAUGUGGUGCUAAAUGCAUCCAUAUAAUUAUAUUUUUCUAGUUGGCCAGGUAACUGAUCUCCAUGGAGACUGAUCGAUCAGGAAAUUGAUCUCCAAGAAAGCUCAUUUAGAUAAAUCAGAUACUGCUGGAUCAAUUUCCUUCGAAGGAGAAAAUAUUGUACAUGGUGGUGUCUUUGUAACCAUUUUGCAAAUGUAUAGGCUGAGUAUAUAUUACAGGGAAGAAUAGCAAGCACAGCAGGCAUGGCCAGCAUUUACCGUAUUUUUCGCCCCAUAGGACGCACCACCCUAUAGGACGCACCUAGUUUUUUUUUUGGGGGGGGAAAUAAAGAAAAAGAAUUAUUUCCCCCCCCAGGCACGGGGCUGGCGCGGGGGAAGCCCGAGCUUCCCCCGACCCCAGCCACCAGAAGAGCCUGCUAUCCGCAAGCUUAGGGAGCCGUGCCGGUCUACCUAGGCUUGCGGACAGCUGUGCGAAGCCCAGGCGCGCUGAGGCUUCCUAAUGCAGGCAGCUCUGCGCAACCCUCCGGAGCCCAGCGCAGCUUGGCGCCGGGCUCCGGAGCGAUGCGCAGAGCUGCAUGGAGCCCAGGAGGGCAGGCAGCUCUCCGCGAUCCUCCAGAGGCCGGCGCGGCUUGGCGCCGGGCUCCGGAGGGAUGCGCAGAGCUGCACGGAGCCUGGGAGGGCAGGCAGCUCUCCGCGAUCCUCCAGAGGCCGGCGCGGCUUGGCGCCGGGCUCCGGAGGGUCGCGCAGAGCUGCGCGGACCCCGGGAGCGCAGGCAGCUCUGUGCGACCGUCCAGAGGCCGCGCGGCUUCGUGCCGGGCUCCGGAGGGUUGCGCAGAGCUUCCUGAAGCCUGGAGAGCGAGAGCCUCUCGCUCUCCAGGCUUCAGCGAAAACCUGUAUUCGCCCCAUAGGACGCACCCACAUUUCCCCUUCAUUUUUGGAGGGGGAAAAGUGCGUCCUAUAGGGCGAAAAAUACGGUAUCCCCAAAUCAAUAUCACUCCAACCCCUUCUACUAACCAAAAUAUUAUAGAGAGAAGAACGUACUUAUUAUUAUUAUUAUUAGGCCCAAGCCCACAGAAAGUUGUCCUCAAAGAAAUGUAGCCUUCAGGCUGAAAAAAGUAAGUUCCCUAGCCCUGCAUUAAAACCAUCAGAAUAAUUAAAACAGACAUAGGUAAGAAUCUGAAAGCACUAGCAGCCCUGCGCUCCUUUGGGAUGGAGGCUGGGGUAUAAGUUUAAUAAACAAGUGAAUAAAUUUAAAACCUAGAUCAUAAAACAGUGUUCUUUAGUUGCUUGAAAACAGCUGAAGAAGGGGAGAGGAUGAUAAGAAGCUGUCCUGGAUCUCUGCUGACAAAGCAUCCCAUAGUGCUGGCACUGCUGCUGGAAAGGACCUGUCUUUCCUACCCACCAUUUUGAUCUCACAGGUGUCUGGGACAGAGAGCAGGGCCUUUGCUGCUGCUUUUAAAGUCCAGGAGGGAGAAGGCCAGUUUCUCAGGUAAUCUGGCCCCAAGCUUUUUAUACCAUUAAUGUUUAACACCUCUACAGUAAAUUGGGCUCGUAAUCAAAUAGGCAGCCCAUGCAGAUGGAAUAGAAAUGGAGCAAUAGGAGUCUCAGCAUACAAAAAAGAAAAAAGUUUAAAAAAUAAAUUUCUUUCCCUCUGCAGUACAGAAAGCAGCGGCUGUUGCAAUAUCUUCCCUCUGAUGUUAUACCUGCUGCUUACUACUAGCUAAAAUUUAUUUAGAAGCCACAGUAUAUUAGGCACCCACACUUACUCAUUUUGGCACCAGCCUUGUUACAAGAUUUUUAUCAAGAUUCCUUCAGCCGACAACUAUAAACGUUUGCCUCUGUUUAGCUUAAUAGAUAACCGCUGUAAAUGUCUGCCUUUGUUUAGCUUCAUGGCUUUUCUCUCUCCCCUCCCCUCUUGCCUAAACCUUUCUCUUAGCUGAGGCUGAAGGAAUGCAUUGGCUUUGACGGCUUCUGCUAUGUGUCAUUUUCUUGCCCUCACCACAUUGCCUCUUUCACUUGACUGGAGCAAGUGCCUUGGGUAUUGUGCAUAGUCUUUUGUGCUGUCAUUCUCUUCACCAUAUAAACAUAUCAAAAGUUAAAUCCUAUCAGCAUUAAAGAAAACAAAAACAGGAUAAGCCAUUUCCAAUGGCAGGAUAAGUGCGCCAGAAAAUUGGAGGUCAUUAACAUGUGCUAUGACCACCAGAAAGAAAGACCAUAAAGAAAGUUGAUGCUUUUGAAUUAUGGUGCUGUAGGAGACUCUUGAGAGUCCCAUGGACUGCAAGAAGAUCAAACCUAUCAAUUCUGAAGGAAAUCAGCCCUGAGUUUUCACUGGAAGGACAGAUCCUGAAGCCGAGGCUCCAAUACUUUGGCCACCUCAUGAGAAGAAAAGACUCCCUGGAAAAGACCCUGAUGGUGGGAAAGAUUGAGGGCACAAGGAGAAGGGGACGACAGAGGACGAAAUGGUUGGACAGUGUUCUCGAAGCUACCAGCAUGAGUUUGACCAAACUGCGGGAGGCUGUGGAAGACAGGGGUGCCUGGUGUGCUCUGGUCCAUGGGGUCACGAAGAGUCGGACAUGACUAAAUGACUAAACAACAACAACAACAACGACCACCAGAUCUGUGUGAUUCAGUUCACAGUGCUUAUAUAUAUUAUACCUGUGAUCCUUAUCAUAGGGCCACGAUGCCUGUCUCAAGUCCCCCACUCACUCUAAUGUUGUUGCACUUCAACUCCCAUCAGCCACAGCCAGUGUGGCUUUUGGUCAAGGUAAUGGUGGGAGUUGGAGUCCAACAACAUCUGGAGAGCUACAGGUUGCCCAUCCCUGGCAUAAAAUAUCCAUCAUAUUUAUGAAGCCUUGUUUCUAGGAACAUAGCAAAUCAUACUGAGUCUGACCAUUGAUCCAUCAAGCUUGGUAUUGUCUGCACCAAUGGCAGCAGAUCUAAAGGGUUUCAGGCUAGAGUCUCUCCCAGUCUUACCUGAAGAUGUUAGGAUUGAACUUGGGACAUUUUGAUACUCCCACAUAAGCUCCUAUCGUUUUGCUUAGUAGCUAUGUUUCAUGAAAUGAUUCUUCGGAUUCUAGCAUAAUAACUUUCCAUCUAGAGUUGCAGUAAAGUGCCUCUGUGCUUUGGGGCUGUAUGGAGCCCCCCCAAAAUAAGUAUGGGUUCUACAUGACUAAGGGAUUCCUUAAGGAUAUCAUGGGAUAUCCUUAUUUUUUUUUUCAAAUUUAAAAAGAAGUAAGGAUAAUACUACCCAAACAUUGGCUGAUAAGGACCAGGACCUUUGAGGUUGGGAGCAUAAAGGUAAGAACAUUUUGGAGCACCUCAUCUCUCUGUCUGGAGAGGGAGCUUCCAGGCUGAACACCAAGAGAAACUCCUCUCUGUUUGACAGGAGCAGACACUUCUAUCCAAUCACAGCUAGAAUCAUGCUAGAAUCUUGGAUUUCUCUAUUGCUUUUUAUGGGUAGCUGUCACUUCCAUUGUGGCAGUGACAAAGUAGCUUGGCAGACUCUGUGAUUGACUGAGAACAGCUGAGACAUGAAGUGUUAGGAUAUUGGUUGGAACAAACCAGAGUAAUAAAGGACAUGUAAGAGAGCAGCUGAGACAAUGAAGUUUGGGUCCUGUGAUAACUUAAACUUCAUGGCAGUAAAGGUUCCCAUUGUCUCCUCCCACCUGCAGCCACCUGCCGGCUGGUUGAAUUUUGCUUAAAGGCCUUUCCACCUUGCUGCAACAGAAAGUUGGGACAGUGUUAAGAACUGUGUGGCUGCAGGUAAAGGUAAAUCACCCCUGGAGGAUUAAGUAGCUAUUUAUCUACUUGCUUUGAUAAGCUUUUGAACCGCUAGGUUGGCAGAAGCUGGGACAGAGCAAUGGGAGCUCACCCCGUUGUUCGGAUUCAAAUUGCCAACCUUGUGAUCGGCAAGCCCAAGAGGCUUGGUGGUUUAGACCACAUCACCACCCGUGUCCCAUGUAGCUGCAGAGACUAUUGGUGCUAAUGACUUGAGGGCUCCCAGAUCUCAAGAACCAUCUAUUUUGUAUGGGCAUGGUGUGAGGUGGCAGGGUUCUGUCACUGGGCCAAUCCCCAAAGGGGUGACUAAAGUCUUGCUUAAAAUGACAAUGAGCCUGAAAUCCCAUGUAACAAGUUGCAGCAGCAUAAGUUCUCAAGUGGCCUACAGGUACAUUUUCAUGUCCAAAGGGAUCCUUAUAGGUUCUUCUUCAUGUCCGUUGAUGGAGGGAGAAAACAUAACAGAGUGAAAAUAGUUGUUUAGUUAUUCCUGCUUGAUUUUUUUUAAAAAGUAUUUGAGAGGUAGGAGGGAGCAUGCAAAAGGACAUUACUUAUAUCCGGUGAUCUCCAUUUUCUCAGACAAAGGGAUCAUUUCACUUACUGAUUUAUUGUGUUCCGUGAACUCUUCGUCAGAUCCAAAUUAGGACUUGUAACAUGCAAUUUUCUCCUCCAUUGCUUUUGAUUGUCUUCUUGAAAAGUCUCUUUACACCGGAUAGGUUUUUCCACAGCUUUGUAUAUUCAUGUCUUUAUUACAGAAAUAUAUUUUUAUUACGCAGAAAGCAGAGAUGCACAGGUUUCUCAAAUCAUUCCUGAGCUCAAGAGAUACAGAAGCCUUAGGCAGGAGGCGGAGCCCUUACACUGGAUCUGUGUUGUGGAAGGGUGAGGUAGCAAUUCCAUUCAGAUUGCCUUUAAAGGCAAACCUCCCCUAUUUGCACUUUCUGAAACAAUAAAUGAACCAAAACACAGCUAUCCACCAGAAUUUCACAAGGCGGUGCUCCAACCAAAAAAAUGUGUAUUAACAUGCAUAUCUUGUUUUUAUUUUAUUCACUUAAAUAUUUAUACAUCACACUUUCAUAUAAGGUAUAAAAAAUCUGGGUUCAACUCAAAAACACAACCUUACAGUAACACCAGUAAAAACAAUCAAUAAUAAAAAUUGGCUGGUAGAAGAUUUCCACAGGCCAGUCCAAACAAUGCAGUUUUGAAAAGACAUUGAGAAGAAAGCAAGAAUGACUCCCAUUGAACUUCUGUUGGCAAGGAGUUCCACAGGGCAGGACCUGCCCCCCUGAUGACUUAGUUUCUCAUAAAAGCCAAACAAAUCUCAGAGGUAUGGAGGACCACCAAAAGUGCCCCAUGAGAAGAUCUCAGUGGCCGAGGUGGAGCACAAGGAAUGAGAGAAAGUGUACAUGAAAAUACAUAGUGAAAAUAACACAAACUGCAUUAUAUUUAGUCAAAUUUACAUACAAAAAUGUGCAUAUUAAGAAAAAUGUACACCAAAAUGCUAAUGAAUUUAUAAAACAAUUUUUGUUGACUGAACAAUCACCUCAUUCUUUACAAAGUAUUUGUCUGGGGAUGAGAUUACAGAUAAUAGUAACUUCAACAUGGAGACUUUAUAGUUCUCCCUAGCCUAGAGAGUUGAAGUUACGUAGUUUGAAGGAAGUACUACCAUUUGUGGUAAGAACAAGUGUUCUAUGUGGGGCUAACUUCGGGGUUCAUUUGGCAGUGCAGAAUGUGGCGGACCAGUUGCUCAAGGUGGCAGACUCCCGUCAGUAUGCAACACCCUACUGUCAGGAUUUGCCCUGGCUGCCAUUCUGCUACCAGACCAAGUUCAAGGUGGUAGUAUAACAUAUAAGGCCCUGCACCACUCAGGAUCAGGUUACUUGAGAGACCACUUCAUCCCUUAUGCACCUAGUAGGUUGCUGCAGUUUGCAGGAGAGUUUCUCCUGCAAGUUGUUAUUGUUAUUAGCUUUUAUUGGCAUAAGUUUAAACAAUAAAAUCAUACAAAGUCAUCCAAAUACAUUAAUACUCCAAACUCAUGCAAUAUAUAACAGUCUAGAGUUCCAAAGUUCCAAAGAUUUCAGAUGCCUACUCUGCAGACUUUUAGUGUUCCUGUUGAUACAUGACAGGUGCCCACUACCUGCACUUUCUGGAAGGAACUGGAGACAUUUUGGUUCCAAUGGGCUUUUCCAGGUAGAUAAAUGGCUCCUUGCCCCAUGUGUGUCUAUUUUGUAUAGUUGUAGUUUUAAAUGUAUCUGGGUUUUGCUUGUAGCAUUUUAAACUGUAUUUAAACUAUUUCCUCCUUUUUAAAAUUGUACAUCACCCUAGAGAAUUGUAUAGAAAGCAAUCAAUAAAUCAAUAAUAAAUACAAAAACAAAACUCAUUCCACUUUCUGCUGUAUUGAUUUAGUGAAUCAAAAGGAAUGCUAUGUGCAUGCACCAUAGGAGGUUAGCGUAGGGUUGCCAUAUUUCAAAAAGUAAAAAUCAGGACACACACAAAAUGAAGUUUUUCAGCUAUUUUGGGGGGAAUUUGCCCAAAAAAUCAACACUUCUGAUAUUGGCUGCCAUACACCCGGGUUUUCCCCGACAUUUUAACCGAUUGCUAAAAAUUCCGCCUGGAUGCCAGUUUUGACGGAUGAAUCCUGGCUAUGUCCUGGAAAUUCCAGACAUAUGCCAGCCCUAAGUUAUCGCCCUCCAUUUCUACUUUUAACUGUUGCCAUUCACUCUGCUUUCUAGUUAGCAGAUGGUCCAUUUUUUAGCCUAAACAUCUGUCAAACACUAGACCAGUCUCUCCCAACCUUAGAUGUUUUGGACUACAACCCCCAAGUGAGUCAAAGUGCCCUUUGCUAAACACAUUUCAUGUUCUCCUUAUCUAUUGAUUACAAAACUAUCUUGUAGCUCUUAUGGUAAAGAUGAGAGAUAUUUAAAUACAUAUGCAUCUCUCUCUCUCCCCCCUCGCCCCAGUAUUGCUGUUGGCCCCUGUGAAGGUGUGGUGAAAUAUAUUUACAGGAACUUUCAUUUCAGUAUGAUAUGUCUAUACCUGUACCCACUUUAAGCACACAAGUUUCAGCUAAGUGGAAUAUUUCUAUUCCAAUAAAUUCAUUGCGGUCUUUACAUGCUGUGCCAGGAAUGGCAUUUGAAAGGGCAGGAGAAAUGCUUUUGAAAAUGUAGAUUUCAGUCAACUGACUUUUAAAAUGUACCUUUUCAUAUUAUCUGUUGUCAUAUUACUUUUUAAUGGGUAAUAAAUAGGGGCAUAAAUUUUGUUGUCAGGCAGUGACAGGAAAGUGAUGGGGGAAAUAAGAUGAAAUACAGUAUUUAGCUUUCUGCAUAAGUGUUUGACAGUAGCCCUGGCUUUGUGCUUAGAAGUGCGCUCAAGGUGUCUAGUUUAUAAGACCACUCUUAAAGGAUGGAUUGGUCCUUCUUAGAUUAGAAAUGACACAGUGGGAGACAUACUAUUAGGGCAAAGAAGCAGUGGACCUAUCUACACUGCCAGUCCCUGUCCAAACCAGAUCACUGUUCUGUUUCUCCUCUCCUCUCCCUGGAGCUCCUCUCCACUGUUCUGUUUCUUAAAGAGAAAGAAAGGGAAGGGAAUAUCCCUUUGUGCCUGCUACAGAUUCACUGUUUGAGCUAAGGCUGGAAUUGUAGGGGAAAUGGCAUAGUCUGGGAUAAUUUUUAUGUAUGUAGAUCACCCCAUGGCUCAUUGGUUCCCUAAAACCCUAAAAGUUUGCCAUAUGAACCAAUCCAGACUUGCAACCAUCAUCUGAGGCCCUUCUUUGUGAGAGGUCUAGAGGGCAAAAACACAAGAACAGGCCUUCUUGUGUGGGGACUCCCCAUUUGUGGAAUACUCUUGCCUGGUGUCAUCAUUACAUAUAUUUAGGCACCAGGCAAAACUUUCCUCUAUAUCCAAGCCUGUGGCCUUUUAGAAGUGGGCAGGAUGUUUUCAAUGUCCUGCACCCUUGGUUUUAAUGUAUUUAUGGACGGUUUUGUUUUGUUUGCUGGAAGUCGCUUUGAUUUGCCUUGGGCAAAAUAAACUGACUAAUAAAUUUAAUAAAUGAUAAAAAAUAUAAUUGGAUGCGGUAAGUAGGUAGUUGCUUCUACGGUUCUUUUGCAGCUCUCCUAACCUUUCUUUUUUGGGGUUUGAUUCUGAUCUGUAGCAGACCCAAUGCUUUGUAUUUGCAUUCUUGAAAACACCCACACACACCCACACACACCCACACCCCAAGCCCUUUCAGAUAUUCUGAGUUGAUUUUAUUAUUUGUUGUUCUCUGCUUUCAGUACAAUGUAGGGACUCCCCUUCUUUUCACACCCAGAGAGAUGCAUGAGAUAGCUGCUGAAUAGCAAACAUUUCAUUUAAAAGCUAAUGGAUCUGAAAUUUCCCAGCAAACCUACAUGUGUGCGUGCAUUUGUUCUACAGCAUCUUUUAUUUUGUCAUUUGCAAUAAAUGGAGGGAAACCAAUUACUAGCCGGAAUGUAAGGUUCGUUCUCAGAAAUGGUGCAGAAUGCUACAUCAACAUUGUGAUGUAGGUAUGAACCCACAGCAUAGUUGGGAGAUCAAACAUCUCAUGGGAACUAGGCAAUAAUGACAUUUGAUAACACAAGCAUUCGCUUUUACUAUCAAUGCUGGCAUGAUCCUAUUAUAGUUACAGAUACUCUGGCUCGUCUAUGUCUCUAAACAUAACAGGUAGUAUUAUACGUUGAUUCCUAAGAACAAGGAGGGCUCAUAAAACAGAAUUUCCCAUGUCUUCCUUUCUGUUGUAUUUUCCUGUGGGGAUCCCUGGAAAUGCUGUUGGCUGUAGCAUGUGGGUAAAGCUGGAGUGGGGAAUUAGCAAAAAUCAGGAGCUGUUUCCUGGCGCAAGAGAAAGUGUCCUCUGCUUAAGCAAGCAGCCAUUGUAAAUUAGACCUACUGUGGUCCCAAAUUCUGGGACAUCACCAUUGCAGAGAAGCUUACACAUAAAAUCCAUGUCAUUAAGGGACAAGCCGAACAGGAUGCCUUUCUUUUGCAGAAUGGAAUAUUUAUCUUUUUCAUGUAAUACUGGCAGUACAAGGGCCAGUCCAAAAUGCAACAAUUUAGAAAAAUAAUUCAUGAUUUAAGUGUCUAGGGAAGGAUAAUCAGUUCACACUAACGAAGCCUUAUGCCCUUCUGUCUGACAAAUCUGAUUUGUCAGAUUUUUAAAACACACACAUGCCAAACACUGGAUGGGGGUCUAAAUCUCUGCUUGUUGUGCAAUGACUGCAUUACCUAAGGGUUCCCUUCGGCAUGGGGCUAAUAUGGUGCAAAUAUGGAUACAUUUUUAUUAAAGCAAAAUAAAAAAUGGCUUUCACACUUGAGGUGUAUAUUUUUGUGAUUAAAUCAGUAAACGGUUUUAAAUAUUGUGUUUUAAUGUUGUAACCCACUCAAGGUGGGUGGGUAACAAACAAAGGGUGGGUAACAAACAAACCAACAACUGCAAGAGAGUUACACGUGUGCAGUUAAGGGCCAAAUUGUAAAUGACAACUUUAUGUCAAGGGUUCCCAAGCUCUGGUCCAUAAACCACUUGUGGUCUGCAAGUUUCAUUCAGAUGGUCCAUGGCAUGUCUGCAUUAAAUAUUCACAUUGAUUUUUAACAGUAUUUUUAUUUCUUAUAUUGGAUUUUAUUGUAGCAAACUUCAAAAUCUAUAGAAUGCAAAUUGUAAUACAAUAAAUACAAUAUAAGAAGUAAAAGAAGCAAAAAAUACAAUUAAAAAUAAUACAGCAUCUUUCACAGUGCAAUACAAUUGCUAAUGCGGGCAGAAAAAUAAUUAAGUGGUCUGCUACAACCACCAGCAAUUUUCAAGUAGUCUGUGUGGUCUAACAUUCCAGCAUUGCACUUUAUGUAAGAAAUUUUUACAUCUGCAUUGAAAUUUUUUUUACAUCUGCAUUGAAAAAGUUAUUUUUUAAAAAAUAAGCAAUACUUUGAUAGUCCUUUCCUAAGAUGUAAAUAACUAUGCCUUGAAUUGCAUAAUAUUUUGUUUUUUGCAAUUUCACUUGCGUUAUACAUUAACAUUUUAGUUCCAUUCCCUGUAUUCCUUGAAAGCAUUAAUGUGUCUAAGAAUGAAUAUGAUACUGUGGUAAUUUGCUGUAGUGUGGGAGUUUAAAGAGCUCCAAUAUGUAGUAUAAUAAAACAGAUUCUGCAUGUGUUUUCAUUACCCAAAUUGGUUCUGUCUUCCAGCUGAAAUCUCGUGUUCUAAUGACUCCUUUAGCGAUUUCCCCACCAAGAAGCACCCCGGAACCUGAUAUUAGCUCAAUCCCUCAGGAUGCAGCUACAAUCCCCAACUCAGCAGCCCCACAAGCCCUCACAGGUAUGUGAAACGAAACAGUCCAUCAGAAAAGGAGUAUUCAUUUAUGGAUUUAUUUAAAGGAUUUCUAACCUGCUCUUCAACCAGAUCUCAGGGAAUAGAGGGGGAUUCAAUUCACUUCACUUUCCAAUAUAAUAUGUGAACUAAAAGGUGGCUGUGUUCUCAAUUUGCACCUCUGCAAAUUCUGUGCUGCAGUGCUUCAAUCAAAAUAAUGUACCAUAAUGUGUGGUAUUAGGGGAAAACGUGCACUACAAUAUGCAUUUUGGUGAAAAUAACAUACAAAGAUGCAUUCAAUUGGGGAAAAUUGAUUCUAAAAAUGUACAUAUUAGGAUAAAGUGCAUGCAAAAUACUCAGUUUAGGUAUGAUAAGGAUACAACCCUCCCUCCAUCAAAACUAUUUUAUUGAACUUUAAAAACCCACUAUCCUAUACAUGUUUUGAGCUGUACUGUUCAUCAGUGAUUCUUGUUUAAGUAAAGCAAAUAUUUGAACUCCAAAGACAAGUUAUCAGUUGUUUGCUGGAGAUCUAUCCAGAUUUCUUCUUCAUUCUCUUUAUAUUCUCAAUUUUGUUUCCGGCUACCAUGUCUGUACGUGAUAGAAAAUCAACUGCACACACAUAAACAAAGCACACCCCAGCUCUGCCUUAAGAAACACUGUCACUCAUCGGUAGGAAGCAAAAAUCUGUGCUGUUUUGUAUUAAUAAAUCUGUCAUCAGAUCUCCGUAAUGCAGUUCAUGUCCUUCGUUCGUGCUUGUAAUGGUUUCUCCUGUUUGUUUGUAUGGCCUUUUGAUGGCUUGAAGUGCUAUGUAAUGCUAACUAUUAUUGCCAUUAUAGUCCUAUUUACCCAGAAUAGAUUGCUUUGAGUCUUUUUAUUGUUCAGCCUGAGUGGCUGUUAACACUUCAAGCACUAGAUUUUCAUUAUGGUGUGAUACUAACUGUAUAUUAUCCCCAAUACUGCUCAGCCAUCAUCCACAUCCUUCGCUCUGUUAUAAUUUCUUUUGUCACCUAUCUGAUUUCUGUCACAGGGUAAUGCUAUAUGUUCUGAAAGAUGACAACUCUAGCACGCUUGCAGCCAGCAAUAACAAUGUGUCUUACUUUAGGCUGACUCACACAAUCCUAUAAAAUAAGCACGCAUGCCAGAAAGACUGGAACCUCUGCUAUCCCUUAAAACAGGAAGGUUCCGGUAUGUAAAAUGUUAACAGGGAUUCUCAUGCUACAGAGGCCUAAUCGUCUUAUAAACCAUGUUAUUAAUCCGUGCAACAAUAUGUAAAAGCUGGGUUGUCCUUUUAGCCUCAACAUUGUCCUCUAUUGAACAUUUAAGUACAAGGAGAAGAGAUAAAAUAUAUGUUGAUAGAUUUCAGCAUAAGUAUCAAAGAUUGGUUUUCUUUUUCCUGAGUAGUUCAUUUUAGUGGCCUCUUAAUUAACUAAUUAACUAACUAAAAGGUUUUUGGGCUGCUUUAUUCAACAAUGUCCUCUCAAGGUGGCUUACAUACCUAAUUCAAUAAAUCACAAGCGACAAUAAAAUAAUAUAAUUGCAACACACCACAAAUUAAACCUCUUAAAAGUACAGACCCGUAGGAUGAGAUGCAAUAUAGUUUGAGGUUUGCACUUAUGCCGUUGGGCUUUCCGUUCUGCUCCCUGCAUGCCCCAAAACAUUGGUGCAGGGCAUCCUCCAGAGAAGAUAUUGAGGUCACAUGGGGAGGGGAGCUGGGGGGAGGGAAACUGAAGGUUAACUGUGUGCAAGCUGGAGAACAUCGUUGAAUAUUGCCUAUAUCCUUAAAGCACUUUAUGGGAGAAAGCUUUUGUGCUUUCUUACAAGAAGAUUUCUCAUAUACUAGAAAUGAGGUGUACCACUACCACAACAUGAAAUAUGACUUUUCAAGUUAGUUAAAAAAACACCAAAUAAACUUCUUUUAUUAGUAAACGGCCUUUCAUCAAUAAAUUCAGUUUUGUAUUGUGCAAAUGACAGUAUUCUCUAACCAUAUUCUUAUCUGUAGACCACUGCAUUAAUUUCUCCCCAUUUCAAAUGCUUGCCUUACAACACAGUCCUAUGCCUACUUAGUAACAGGUUCAGAGGGGCUUAUUCCCAGGAAAGAGGGUUUAGCACUGCAGUCUGAAUUAUAUGUCCAGUGAACAGCGGAUAUCAUGAUGAAAUAUAGUGCACACGGAACCUUCAGCCUGUUAAUUAAUUCCUUACGGUUUGCUAUCUCUUCUCAGAACACAGCUUAGGUCAAUUUCUGUUUCCUUCACUCUCAGAUAAGAGGUUUUUUAAAAAGUGGAUUUAUGGAUUUCAGAGAAAUCUGCCAUGCAGAACUGUGCAAACUCUUCUUUCUUGAGAAUGUAAACUUUAAAAUUAGCCUUGAAACAACUUCUGCACAGACAUUGGGAGCAAACAUUAAAUAUACUGAAAUUAUCAGUGAAAUUAUCCAGCAUAGGGUUACACAAAUACUGGUAGGCUUAAUUCUCAAUAGUUGGGGGGUCCCUGGAGUUCAGCAGGAAAUAUGCUUAGCCCUCCCCUUCAAUGGUUUCUUUGCCACUUUAUUUUCUCCUGUAAAUGAACACUUGGCAUUCACUCCUGUGGAUUAAAGUUCAGUGUUGCAGGAAGAUUAAAACUCUUAAAAACAUUUGUUUGUUUUUUUGUUUUCAAAAAAAGGUUGAACAAAUGUCACAAUUACUUGUAAUGCAUUCUGUACUGAUUGUUCUAAAUGUGUACCUUUUAAUACAUAAAACUUCUGUCUAAAAUACAAACCUGGGAGUGAAGCACCACAGGUGUACAUAGGGUGCCUCAUGGUCUUUAUAGUCAGCACCUAGCAUCUUAAGCAGCUGGAGGGGGGUCCCAUGCCCAAGAAGGACCAACCUCUAAACCAGCCUCUCCCCUCUCCCAUAAAGCUGGUUCUGUGACCCACCUGCUAUUUUAAUUCCCUACAGUGUCUCAGAACAACUCUAUGUCAAUAGUACUGUGGGUAAAGUGCUGGGCAGCUAGCAAUCACCUACCAGAGAUAUAAAAUAUUACUACCAGAAGGUAAGUGCAAUGGGAGCCCCCACAAGAAGGGGGCGUCUCAAACCCGAGCUAGCCCUGGAUCCAAACCACUAUCUUGUCCUAUUAUUAGAAGCAGAUAAAAUGGCAAUUCAAAAGCUGUUUGCCUUUGCUCAAAUCAGUGCUGCCAGACCAAAAAUAGGUUUCAUUUUCUUAUGGGUUUUUUUCCUGGGACAACUAGUGGAAGCCAACCAGAGUGGCUAGGGCAACCCAGUCAGAUGGACGGGGCACAAAUAAUAAAAUUAUUAUUAGUCAGGUCCUCCAUCAUGGAGGGCACGUGUUGUGGUGAGAUCACCAGAAACUGCUUCCCUGUUGUGGGGCAGGACCAUUUGGAUGGCCACAACACUCCAUUGGUUGCCCCUCUGUUGCUGGGGCAGAAAUUUGGUCAGUUGGGUUGGGUAUUGGCUGCUGAGGAGCUACUUAAGCUGCUUCACAUCGCUGGAGAGUUUCACUUUCUUGCAACAUGCAGUGGAUCACCCGCCCUCCUCUCCCUAUAUGUAGGGUUGUUCUUAUGGCCUUGCUAUCCCUGUCUAGGGGUCAUCUGUUUUGGAGCAGGGGCCCGGUAGGAAUUUUGCCAUUUGGCUGAUUGGUUGGUGGCACUUGGUUUUUGCAUACUGUGUAGCAAAUCGUCACAACUUUGUAAGGUUGGCGGUUAGGCAUUUGGUUCAAUGUUUUGGUUGGCUGUGCCUGCCCCUCCAUUGCUGCUAGGGAAUCCAGGGGCUUAAAGAAACCCAGGGGCUUGCCUUGCUUUUGUCUGAACCCUGUCAAGGGGCUAGGGCCAUGCCAGAGCCCCUGGGAGCAUCUGGGGUGAGCUGUAAGAUCGAAGGAGUUCUCACUCUCCCAGGAUGCUUUCCCUUACUGCUAUCUGGUGGCGCCCAGUGUCAGUCCUGUUCCUGCCACCGUGCAGGUUCAGGUAGUCUGGAACCAAUACCCAAGCAACCACUCACAUGCUGUAAUCAAUAAAGUUGUAGCCAAAAUUUAAUGCCAAAAACCUUAAACUAAAAUCUGUGUCUAUUGUGUCUUCAUUUGGGGGUGGUUUUGGGGGUCUUCACACGUUGUUGUUGUUGUUGUUGUUGUUACAGUGACAUCUUUCUCCUUUUGUUUAGUCUGCAUUUAUGUCAACAAGCAAGCAAAUGUGGGGCCAUACCUUGAACGAAAGAAAGUGCAGCAACUUCCAGACCACUUUGGACCUGAGCGGCCUUCGAUGGUGCUACAGCAGGCAGUUCAGGCAUGCAUUGACUGUGCACACCAGCAAAAGACCGUCUUCUCACUUGUCAAGCAGGGCUACGGAGGUGAAAUGGUGUCAGGUGAGAAUGUAUGUUGUGUUUAGGGUAGCCAUAUGUCUUCUUUUUCCAGGGCACAUCCUCUUUUUUCACUGGUAUGUAAAAUGAGAGUCGUUAUAACGAUCCAGAGUUAAAAGUAGAAAUUGGCAAAUGUGUCCUCUUUUUCGUUCUUCAAAAUAUGGCAACUCUAGUUAUGUUACAUUUGUCUCUGUACUUAGAAGCAGUCUUUUGUCUAAUUCCAGCUGAUAAAAAUGAGUGAUUAAAGGGAUUCACUUUAGAUGAUGGAUUACAAUCUGUUUUGUACUCUUCCACGCAACCUUUUUUGAGCAUGAGCUGGUCUUCAAACAUGAAAUACAUAAUAGUUUUCUAAGCAUGCACCAAGCAUUCUAUGUUGCAUUCUUCAAAGUGGACUGUAUGGCUCCCUUGGAAUUCUGUUCCUUCCCUGUGUCUGUGAGGGGGGAAGCAUUUGCCACACCCUCCACCCCUGCAAGAAGAGGAGAGAUGGAGUCUGCUGCAGGGGUAACGUGGGCAACCAAAUGGGGUGAUUUUCCCUGUAGGGGAAAAGUGGAGAUCCAGCAAUUUAAGCCAGUUCCACCCUGCACUCUUCCCUCUUCUCAUUGAGGGGACUGAGAAGGAUUUUUUGGGGAGAAACUAAUUGGCCUGUGUCACAUCUUUUUCUUCUGCUUCACACUUUUGGUUGUUGUCUGAAUAUGGCUAAUUGGCAUUUGUUCCAGGUUGAUGAGUGGAUUUUGGGGGGAAAUCCAACUAAUAUCAGAGACAGAGUGGUGUUUGGGCCUGUCAGGUGCAUUGGGGUGAACACUGGCCAAUGGGGCCUUGGUGCACAUGUCCGGUUCCUAUACCCAAGGAGCGUGCAGCAAGGCGGGAGGAGUUUCCUUGGGCCUUGCUGCUGGAUCACAGCAUGUAGCUGGCAGCUGGCUCAGGAGAUGGGGGAGCUGAAAUCCUCCCCUUAAUCUGCACCAACAUCCAGACUUCAUUGGUUUUGGUUAAUUUGAUCGAAUUAUUCUGCUUGGCAUUGCACUUUGCAUUUGGUGAUGGUUGAAGGGGUGGCACUAGAUUUAAACUUGAAAUGCAUAAUUGUUUCCCAGAUGUAUCAAAUUUCAUUCCAAUAUUUUAAUGUUCAAUGGAGCUGUUGCAUUAAAAGCAAGAAGAGAAGCAAAUGGAAUGCUGAGUGGUAAAUUACAAACUAAUGGUGUUACUUUGAUCCACCGGUAAGGUUACUUGCACGUAACAAUUUAUUGUUGUCUCGGUGCUGUUCAUGCAUGCAACAUUUUCAUAGUGACCAUAAGAAGUCCUCUUCAAAAUGCCACCUCAUAUUCCACCCACCCAAUAUAAUAUACUUUUACUGUUACUAUGGGUUAUUUAGUUAUGUAUUGGAUUUUCUGCAUAAAUGGUAAUUCGAAAUUAAAUCAGAAAAUAAUACAGGGUGGAAUUGUUAUGAGGAUGAGGUUGCGUGGAUGCUGCACAAAGGUUGAGUGCAUGAGCAGUACCAAGUCGGCAGUCAGCUGCCAUAUGGAAGUAUCCUUAGGGCACAGUCACUUCCUCAUAUUGUGAGGCAGGACCUCCACAAGAAGUUAUGGAUGUGCUCAGGCUCCUUCCUGGCUCCUUUCCAAGCCAUGUGUGUCUUGCUUUGACAAGUAGGUGAAGUGAUUGCUUGAAUGACUAAGUAGAGUAAGUAAAUGAGCAUCAAUUACUGCUGUUCUGAAUCAUUGUUCUUGCAAGGUAAUUGUCGCACACUGUAUGUUUUUGUAUUUAACGUCCAUCUGAUGAGGAUGUCACCGGGGAUGGGGAAACUGCAGUCCUCCAGAUCUUGCUGGACUCCUGCUUCCAUCUACCCCAGCCAUUAUGGCCAUUGGUCAGGGAGGAUGGGCGUUACAGUUUGAUAAUAACUGGAGGGCCACAGGUGCCCCAGCCCUGCUCUAUACUCAUAUGUAUCUGCCAACUGAGGAUAGACUCUAGUCAAUCAAAGUUUGUGCUGUAAUAAACUUGCCAGUCCUCAAUGUGCCACAAGACUCUUGUCUUGGACCUCCUGGAGAAUGCUGAUAGUUUCUGUGAGGAGGAUAGAGAGAGAAAUAAUGGAAAUGUUUAAGCCUCUAAGUUAGCUGACUCAAACGUUUACAAGAUUUUUGCUUUGUUUUCGUUUUUAAGCUAUGUAAUAGUUACUUGGAAAUUAGGCAUUAACAUUUUUAGCUGAAUUUACUAAGGAAAAGGUGAAGAACAAAUACACGUUAAGAACUAUUUAGUUCCCUGAAAGUGGAUGUAGAUAAAACAUGUUUGGCAGUGAUCACCACACCAUUGCUGCCGCAUCCUUGGGACCCUCCUCCAUGCUGUGCAACCCUGAGCUUUAUCCUGCUGUGCAACAUUUAAUUAUAUUCUGUCUCCACUUUCAUUUCCCCCCGAGGCACUCUGAUCCCAGUUUGCAUCCUUGUUGAAAGAAACAAAAAGCUACACAUGUUUGAGAAAUUAUUUCAGCUUGUUCCUGAAAGCAUGCCAAUCAGUUGUGUCCAAUAAAGUCCAUUAUUUCUUCUUGUAUGGAUAUGAUUAAAUUCCUAUUAACAUUAAUGAGAUGAUAGCCUUAUGGGCUCAGGCUGUAAUUCAUUUGACUUCGGUCCUCUGAAUAAACUCAAACUGAAGCACUAAAGCUGAAAGAUAAGUAUAUUUGUUGAGAUCAUUGGCUGGUUCUCUGCUAGAAGUAAAAGGCAAAGCUCAAAAGCUACCAGUGCAAAUCCUAGCCGAAGAGAUGUUAGUAAACUUCCAGCACAACUUCCCAGCAGGUCUAAAUGGACGUGAUGGACUUCUAUAGAUCUACAUCACUACGUGGCACAUGCCAAAAGCAGCUUGCACAGUGGGGGGAAGCUGUGGCCGACUCUCUGUGGUGCCCUGUGUGAUGCUAAAACUGGGUGCCCCCGCCUCUCACACUCCAUUUUACAGCAUAGAAUGUGCUCCCCUAAAACCACCUCUGUGGGAAGCUGCAAUGCAUACCAGGAGAGUCAAUGUGGCGGGGAGGUUGAGAUGAUGGGGAUGCAUGGGCAGGAGUGCCAGAUUGGCUCUGCUAGCGCACCCAAAUUGCACCAACCUCUCCUCCCCCUCCCCCUGCUGCCGGCAAGCUAGUAUUGUGCACGUUCCCCACUGGACACGUUUCUUCUGGCAGUGGGAAUGCUGGGGCAGAAGGCAAGGAGGCCAACAGCAGGUGGCACCAGAGCCACUGACAGGUAGAGCCAACUAACGAUAGCUUGGUCCCCAUAAUCUUCCCUGCUGAGUGCUACAAGGGCAACAAUAAAACCUAGGAGGAUAAAGCUGGCAGGCAAUGUCACACCCCUGGACUGCUUGUAAGUAAAAAGGCAUGUGGGGUGAGGGGCUGGCUGAGGAGAGAGCUCCAUUUGCCCAUGUGGACCAGCCUUCACUGGCUUCUGGCGCAAGCUUUAUCUAUGGUACUUUAAAAAAAAAUGUUGGUCCCCAUUCAGGCUUUGGGCCAAUCUGUUGAAUGUAUACCAUGGAUCAGUUGGCACAACCAUUUUUCAUGCUAUUUUCUCCAGUCCGUUGCAAAAUUUUCCACUUUACAGAUCCAUAUAGUUAUCUAUUUAUUUCUUAAAAUAACACAACAUGGUAUUGCUAAGUCUGUUUUAAUAAUAUUUAUGUGAUUUUAAUUGUUUUGUUUGCUUGUUUUUUACUUUGGUGGCAAAUCACUUAGGAACUUCUUUAGUGGGAAGCAAUGCAUAAACUGAAUAAACCUGAAACAAAAUUGAAACCUCAGCCUAAAUAUGUAUGCUACCUCUUUGCAAAGGUUCCAGUUAAUGGUGCCACUACAAAUUAUUUAAAAAGACAAUUAGAAGUGACAUGCUCUUUUGUCAUUUGUAAAGUAUAUGUCACCAUAGAUUGGGGUUAGGGUGGGUAGAAAUUUCACCAAAGUAGUGAAUUGGUCCUGCGAUCUAGGAUUCAGAGUACAGCUUUCAUCAGAGUCUGGUGAUUUGAUUUUUAGCUUAGCACAAAGAGAUGAAGUAACAGAGAAGUUUGUGUAUGGAUUUGAAGGUAAUCCACAUUGUGACUCUGGAAGAGCGAUUCAGACUCUUCCCUUUCUGUGAAAUAUUUAAAGCAACAAAAAUCAAUGAUACUCUGUAGUACUUUCAUCCUUCUUGUAUUUAUUUAGUGAAUGGCCUAAAGAGGUCACAGUAUCAGCAUUUGCUCAAAAGAUGUGUGGCUUGUAAAAAAGAGAAUGUGUGCUCUGUUAAGAGAACCAUCUGUUUUAUGAAAGAAACUACUGCUUAUAUUGGAGAAUCUCCUAAUUCCUCCUCAUUUCUCCCCCAGUUUCUGCUUCUUUUGAUGGAAAACAGCACCUCUUGAGCCUGCCAGUAGUGAACAGCAUUGGUUAUGUUUUGCGGUUCCUCAAAAAGCUUUGCCGUAGCUUAUUGUGUGACAAUCUUUUCAGCAAUCAACCUUUCCCACAAUACAACACUGCCGAAAACCCUGAAGAAUAUGAAAAUGGACGGAUGGAAUCAGGUCAGUUGGUUUUUUAUGACUUUUGAAUAUGUAUUUGAAGAAAUCCAUGUCUGUGUGUUGGACUACCAUUUUCAAGGGAGAAUCAGGGACAACAGGUUCUUAACCCUUCUCACACGUUAACUCUUCCUCACAAAUUCCUGCUUAUUCUUUCUUCACAGCAAAUACUGCUUUCCCUCCCAACCACACCUCUUCUGAUCUUAGAGCCCAGCUGAGGGGAAACAGUUUUAAACAGAAAGAGAGAUCUGCAGGAGAGAAACAGCAAGUGUGUGGAGGGUUCAAAUCUCCUAUCCACCUACUAUGUCCAGCAAAUUCUUGCCUCCUAAUCCACAUUAGUGUUAUGGGGAAAACACAACACGCGGAGGCCAAUUUUUCUCUUGUAGUGUUUAGUUUCCCUCUACCUUUGUGAGAUCUUGGAGAGACACACAGAUUUAUUAGUCUGACAGGUAUUAUAUUUGCAUUAGAAGUGGAUAUUAUACCACUUAACUGUACACACAUGACACUUUGAUGUAUCCUGAAUCUUGGACAGUAAGUCCAGCCUCCUUUUGCAAAGACGAAAACAUGCUUUUUGUCUCUUGCUGUAUGAAUUUGGAGGACUGUUCUUUCAAGUCACACUGUCACAGUUAUGCCCAACUGAUACAAGCUGGGAGGGUGGAGUGUUUUGAGAGCUAAGCUUUGUAAUGUCAUUUGCUAUUUUGCUUAUGCCAUUUAAAGUUUUUAUUUUUAGACUAUCAAGGACUUUAUUAAAACCUUAUAAUGUUUAGAAAAAAUAGACAUGUGAGUCUCCUGCCUGAUUUCAAAGUGAUCUUCUGAAGGGGAGGAGGGAGGCAACAUGAGUUCAAUAUCUCAAAAGCAAUAAAUGUGUUGUGUUAUUCUUACUCUUAUUUAGUCCUGUGGCAGACUUGAUUUUGCCUUCCCCUGUAUAAUAACUGCAGUACAUGGCUUUGGAACAUAGUCAAAAUAAAUGGCUUUUAUGGUUAUCAGUAGUCUCGGCUUUGGUUCAGCAUUUAAUUACCUGCACAAGCCAUUUAUUGCCUCAUAUAUUCUUCUGCCACGAACAUUAUCCCUUAAACAAUAAAUAAAAUAUUAAGGUCAGAUUUAAAGGGGGAAUGGGAGAUCUGUGCAAUGCACUCAACCACAACAAAAUUUAAUAGAAAACUAUUUGCCUGAUCUAAAAAGGUUUGUGGAGAAGAGGUCAUUAUGUUAUCUUCGGUGUUUGAAAUGAGAUGGAAUGUGAUGAUUGUAUACAUGGAUUUUUCAUCCCUUUUGACAGCUGAGCUGCAGCCAAAAGGGUUAUGGCACUGCCACCUUUACACCCCCAAUUCAGACACUGCUUGACAGUGAUUCAGUGAAGAGGACAUUAGAUUAGCAUAAUAUGCCAUUUGUAAACAUCUACUUUGCACAAAGUAGAAACUGACAUUUAUUUACUGUACUACGUUCUAUUCAUGACAGCUGUCUAGUGUACCUGUGGAACAACACUGUGAUGCUGCCUGGCAAAUUUUCAACCAGGCUGGGUAUUUUUCUUGUUAAUAUCCGACCAUGUGUUGGUUUGUUUGCAGCACAAACCAUAAUCCUUAUGGUAUAAUGCUUACUUUUAGUAUUGCAAGUAACUGAUCCCCAUAGCUCAGGCACACUGGUGGGCUUUAACGUGUGCACAUCUAGGGCAGUUCACACUGCUGAUAGGGAUGGCUUGCAGAAGAAAUGUCAGUAUCACCCAGCUGGUACAGACUGCUGUGUAGGCUAUCAUAAAUUGGGGCAGGGCAUGAGGAUGGUGGCUAGAUCUGAGCAUGAAAGGGGAAGUGGGGAUCCUCCUUUUAAUGCUGAGCAGGAGUGGCAGCAUUACAAAGCAGCAACAGGCAAGUGUGGAUCAGUGCUCAAAUUAUGUGGGGUGGGGAGGUAGGAGGGCCCUUAAAGAAAUUCAAAGCCCCAGUCCAUGAUCCCCUUUCCCAAAUUUUAUCACAAUUCCCUGGAACAUCCUGAAACAGUAGCCAAGGGAACUGUCACUCAGGUGAGGCCCCCAUAAUUCAACAACUGCUAUGGUCUCCAGUUCACCUGAUGCUUCCAAAUUUCUGUUCUGCAGUGUGCCUGUUUAGACAAGCAUUCCCCUGAUCUUUUGAUUUGAAACUCCUGCUUUGAGUUUUGUUUAACUGUUAUACUGUUUUAAUCGACUUGUUUUUUUAAUGUUUUAAUUGUGGACGUUUUAAUGUAGUUUUUUUACUGUGCAUUUUAAUUAAAAGUAGCUAUUUUUUUAUAAUUGGUUUUGUUUGCAUUAUUUUGCUGUUGGCUUUUAUUUGUAUGUGAACCGCCUUGGUAUUUCUUCUUGAAAUGGAAGGCAGUAUAUAAAUUAUGUGAUUAUGAUUAAUAAUAAUAACAUAGGAAGCACACACACAUACACAAUGAAUCAUUCAUGAUGAACAACAGAAAACAAAUGUUUCAAGCAAACAAAUGAAUAAUGUUCACAGGGGUCACACCUUGAAGUAAUCCUCAUUGCACUUGCCCGUGUCAGAGAUGUUCAUCAUACCUGGGUCCCUGUGAGAGAGGCGUUCAUCUUGCCCUCUUCCAGGAAACCCAUAAGUGUGGAGUGGAUACUUGGGAGGAGGAAGUCAAUCAAGCUUCCUCUCUUGCUGCUUCUGUGGAAUGUACAAAAUGGCUCAGGAUCUAUCUCCACGCAUCUGGUGAAAGGUCAAAAUAAAGAUCUUCCUGUAAAACUAUUGCUCCAAUCCAUUUUUUUUAAUGCACCAGUCUGAUAAUAACAAGGAGUUUGGGGUUGAAGUUUGUUGAUUUCAGGGAGUUGGAAGGCCAUCUGUUUCAACACAUUGCAUCCCCUAAUAAGAAUUUGAAGGUGGCUUCAGAACUGACACAGAUGUUAAAUCAGUCUCAACAUUAUGUAAAAAAAAGAAAUAAAUAAAAGUAGAUAUUAUUUAUUGAGGCCGUCUUUGGAAUACAGCUUUAAGGCUGUUCUAAUCUCUUACAACCGGUAGAUGAGCCAAUGGCAUAGCUCAAACGAAGGGCAGGGCUGUGUGACCAUAGGGCUGAUAAUAGAUGGGCCACAUCUGGCCACCCCAUUAUAAGAAAAAUAUUAUAGCACUUUAAAAGGUAGAGGGAUGGGGUCAUGGGGUGAUUUCAGGAUGAAAUAUUAUGAGCAAUGGGAAGAGAAAGAGAGGCAAAUGUGGACCUGAGGAAUAUUCAUGAGAAAUAUAGCUGAGACAGCAUAAAUCAGGAAAUCCUGCAAAAAAUAGUGCAAAAUACUGUAUUUAAAAAUGAAAAUAUAAGUUGUGGAACAUUUGCCCUGGUGUAUGGUGGUGGAGAAAUCCUACAUUAAAGAUCUGGAUAUCCAGUUUGUGAGGUGAGAGUCUAACAUCUGUAUUGCCUCUGCACAUAGCUGAUCAAAUGUGUGUGGUGAAAACUGAGUCUUGGCAGGUUUUCCUCACCUGGUAUCUCCUGCCUUGCAUACUUGCCCCACUCCUGAUGCCCACAUGGGUGCUGCAGGCACAAAACAAAUUGUGUGUAUACUCAAUGUGCAUAAUCUAUGCACCAAAAAUUGGAGUACGUGUAGAUAUUAUAGAGUGUAAAGAUAUUUAUACUUAUGUCCUUCUCAACUCCCAGGUUCAGAAAUGGCUAGUGGUUGUUAUUUAAAAAUGCCAGCUAGGGAACUGGUAAAAGAAUGAUGGUAGAAAGUGAGGAGAAGGCAGGACAAGAACAAGGGCCCUUAUUCUAGAUGGCAGAGAACUCUGUUAAAUGGAAUUAAUGUCUCCCAAUUUGCACAUCACUCCCUCUUAUAUUCUUUUGACAUCCACAAUGAUGAUCUAUACAUGAGACUGUAGUAUCCCUUUCCACUUACUGGACUCAUCAUUUUAAGCGAAAUAGUGGCUUCCUCACAAUUUUCACAAAAUAUUUUUCAUAUUAAAUCUCCUUCAGCCUCUAAGGCUUACUUUUCCAUCUCUAAUAUUUGUGUACUGCUAUGUGUUGUUAACAAAACUAAUUAAAUCUUGUAAUACUGUCACAAAUACUGUGUUAGCAUUUGAUUGAGCUGCUAACAGCUUCUUGUUAUGAGUCCUGUGGAUUGCAACAUUGACCUAUGCCAAUGUGGGUUUAAGGACCAGUUCAGACACUAACUAUCUGAAUUUAAUAAACAAUUAUAAGUUAGGCUGAGAACAAACCUUGUGUUGUUGUGUUCCAUUCUUGUUCUCCUCCUCUUCUUAUGUGUCCACUUUCAGCCCAGCUUCUAUCAGGAUUUAUUAAACCGCAAUUCCCCAUUAUGUACAAGCAUAGAAACUCUUUUUUACAAACCAGAAUAUGAAACUAGGAUCAGAUUGUGGAGAGUAAGCACUGAUUAAACCACAGUUUUCCAGUUCAGAUGUAAUAGGAAACAAGGGCUUAACAAAACCCAGAAUCACUCUCUCAUGUUAUGCAACAGAAGGGAAAUGAUGUGAGGGAAGGAGCACAUGGACACAAACUUGAAUGGAAACUAGCCAAUAGAGAACACACAGAGAAACACCAGACUUGUUCUUAAAAUCAUGGCCUCAAUUUAAAAAAACAAACCAACCACAUGCAUUAUAUGUAACAUUUUGAGAGGAAAGCAGUCAGGGUUUUUUUUUAAUCAAUUAGCCACAUGUACUAUUAUUAUUCUUUUUAUUUACACCUUCAUGUUGUAAGUACAAGUAAAUAGUGGACUUGAUGGCCGGUUAACUCCCUGUCUUCUCAAAUUGUACUAUUUGGCCUGGAGUGUGUUAUUAAAUAUCUGGCACUCCAGGUUUUGAUGAACUACAACUCCCAUCAGCCUUUUCGCUAUGGAUGAUGGGAAUAGUAGUUUGGAAACAUCUGGAGGACUCCAGGUUAGCUUCCCCUGCAUUAAGCAAAUAAGCCUUGUGCUCAAGCCUCACCCCAACACCCUGAAUCCAUUUGGCCUAUAUAUAAACAUCUUUAAAAUCAUAUACUUUCUGUAACUGCAUAAAAUCAUUCUUCAGCAAACCAAGCACUGUAGUCAACCAAAGCCUCGAGUGAAGUUGACUUACAUAUAUUAUUAAUUUCAGAAUAGAAAGUCACAAUCCCAUAAAUUAAUUCAAAUCCAUUUCCUAUUAUAAAUCCUCAUUGAUAAAUUAAAUCCCACAUACUGCAGUUUCUUCUAAUUCUGUUCACACUUUAGUUUGCUAAUGGGUUUUAGCUGCCUGUCUGCUAUUUAAGACUGAGUGAAAAUAGAAAAAAAAAAUUUUUUUAAAGUAAUUUCACUUUGGUAGAAAAUCAAUGAUGUUAUUUCAUUAACCCCUGAUCCUUUCUUUUUGAACAGAAACAGUCAUACCUGAAGACUACCUGGUUGAUCCAGUGAACACAAAGCAUUACAGCGUAGACCCCUCUGAUUCUGCCUUUAAUUGUAUGGGAUCCGUGUACUCUAUGAGGCAGAGUUCUGGCGAUGGGCGUCACGGUGGAGGGUCAUCUUCCUCUUGCAGUCAUCGCUCUGGCCAGAUGGCCUCUGGAGGACCAUCAGCUGCAGCUCUGAGGCAUCAGACAUCAAGCCCAACCAGAAAUGGAACCUACAUGGAAGGAAACAGAAGUGGUAACAUCUUACACUCAAUUUUUAUUUGA